GCUAGAUAUUGCUGUUAAUAUUCACGCACAUACGACGAUGUUGGCGGAUAUAUUGAAAGCUGAAGAAUUUCGAGGACUGUGAAUGGAUGUGGCGCAGUCUAGUGAGGUAUCGUGCAAGUACAGGUGCUCCUUAACAAAUGGGAAUAUAUAUAUUGAAUCGAUUUCCGUGCCUUCGCAACAUACCAGUUUUAUACCACCUUGAGCUUCCAAGAAACCCCUUCUCCAACCUGAGAGCACACUGUCGCCCGCCAUGGCAGCGCUAGGUUUUAACCCCCUCUGCUGCAUCCUCUGCGGCGCCCUCAUCUCCCGAGACCGCCAGGGUUUCCAACCAUGGAUGCACUCAUUUCGUGCCAUCUACACCGUCAACGAUUCCUGUGACACGGCGUGCGUUUCUGGUAUAGGGAUACGGCGCCAGGGCCGCCAUCCCCUUCGGAGCCACUGCCGAGCGUCUCUUUGGUGGCCACGAAAUGAUCCAUCUCUAGAAGGCGGACAUACCGCAGGCCAGGAUGGGGCCGUGACUCGCCCGCUAAAUUUUAACUCGCCGCCUUACAGAUUUCGACAGACAGGUGAAUUAUUCUGGGGUUUCCCCUUCCACUGCGCGUGCUGGGACCUGUUGACGAAGCUGCGACCGUGGGGGCUGUUGGAUACGCAGACGAUUUUUGAUAUAUGCCGGUCUUUUCCUGCGCGGGAUCGGGUGCUACUCUUUGGACAUGAUUAUGGUGGCAUUUGCGAGCCUGACUCGAUGUUUUCGACUUACCCUGGGGAGAAACCACAGCGGAUGCUCCAUAGGGAGCAACCGCUGAGCCACGAACCGGUCAUGAAUGAGGCGCACGAACAUCCCCUGGAGAUUCCCGGUCUGCGAGAAAUUUUUGAAGGGGACUACGCUGAUCACUGUUUUGCAAACUUUCUUAUGGUGGGAGGGAGCACCGAAAAUGACCCUUUCUCUCCGUUACCCUUGGAGAUUUUGGAGCUUAUUAUCGCUGAGCUUACAUUGGAAGAUGUAUCACAGCUCAAGCAAGCGUCCCAGGUCUACGCAAAUCUUGUCCUACCCGAUACCUUUUGGCAUUCACGAUUUCGUCGGGGCGGUGAAUUCGAGCACGUGUUCGAAUCCAUGGAGUGUGGGCCCCAAUGCAAGGGAAGAUGGAGAUCGAUAUGCCUUAGAGCCAAGAAGCUUCAGAAUCACCCAGGAAUGCUCAACAGAAAGAGGAUUGUAAAGCUUGCAUGGGAUCUUCUAGACUUAGUAGACAGUCGAGGCAAAAUUUCCUGCAGCAUGCUUGAUUCUUCCCCCUUACUCUUGGGAUUAUGGGAACCCAGCGCCCCCUUACACCUGCUAAAAUGGGUAACAGCCAGCAGAAGCCUGCUCUCACGCGACGAGAAUUUUGAUCAUGGCACGAGAUGUCUUUAUAGACUAACCGUUGCUGUGCCCUACGAUGUAACUUCCAUUUUCAUCUCAACAAUUGACGUCUUCGGCCUACUUUACAUUUCUGGUAUUAGGUUUGAGCAGAAGAGCGGACCGAGCACAGAGGUUGGGUAUAUUCACGUGGAAAGUGAACUCCUCGUCACUUGGACAGACUCAAAACUUGAUUGUGUUACAGGGUUUCAGCUCGCGCAGGAUCCGCGAGGAAUCCGUGGGAUCGCGAUUGAGUCGGCGGCAGGGGUGUUGUCGAACUGGGUAGGAGAGUACGACGGAAUUCCAAGGAGACGAUUGAUUCCCCAUGGAUCUAAACCGGAUGGUAGUUAUGGAAUUGUGCUCAUCCAGGGCGGCUUCGAUGCCCUGAAACUCGUUACUUUGUCAGUAACUGGCAAAGAUGAGAUAGCGCGGGAUAUCGAACACCAAGUGCCCCGAGAUGCGAAUGUUUGGUAUCCUGAAAUCCCGGACCCUUGCCUCUCAUUCAUAAGCGUUCCCGAAUUACCGCGGGCCUACAGGCAUAGACAGGAGGAAAUGCCCUUGUCUAUGAUCCUGUUUGGCGGCCUCAAGGGCGAGCUCCUGCCCCACAUUAUCAAAAUGACAGUUUGGAUUGCGGAUACGCAUCCCGUAAACUGCGUAGUCUGGGGUAUCGGCUUUACCUUUGAUUGUCUUGUCGAAGGCAAGAGCUCGCUGGUGCUCGGCUAUAGUAGGGAUGACGGAGAAUAUGACUUUCACAUCGAUGGCCAAGGCGGGGAACGCAUCUGCCAGAUUGAUAAGAUCUCCCAGUAUAGCUUAGCCUGUGAUCUCGGCUUCAGGAUUCAUACAACUCGCCACCGGACCUUCGAAUUCCCACCUACCAGCUCUCGGGUGCGUCUUCGGGAAGAUCCCAUCACCACGUCUCUCUCUGUACCUGAUGGGACGAUUGUAGGACUUUGUUCGAGAAUGAGCGAGCAAAUAACCCCGAAUGAUACCGGGCUCGUGUAUAUCAAAGAUACCGUGGAUGAGCCCGUGUAUAUCGAAGACCCCAUGGAGUCGCCUCCGAUGGAUGAACGCCGAAACCCUUGCAUUGAAGUAAAGAAGGAAGAAUAAUUUCAGACGAUUCUCGAAUAACCUAGAUGGCCCACGAAUGUUAGAAUUUGUAACGGCAGAUCGAAGGUGAAAAGCGCUACAGCAGUAUGGCGAGCGAGUGUUGGAAAUAAGUUCCUGGCGGCUGCCUAAAUAUCUGUUUCACACGAAUAAGCACCCACCAUCGCUAUAAAUCCGCACUUCACCCAGUUUUAUACCCAUUUAAUUCAAAUAACAACUGCCUUAAUACCCAGUUUCAUUUAUAAGCCAUUCCUCCGCAUCUACAACCCCCACAUUUCCCCACGCCAAAACCAGUCCCCCACAACCCCUACCAUGGACGACAGCUGGACCCGCCACUUCGACUCAAACACCCAGCUCUGGGCCUCCACCAACAUAUCCACAGGCGAAACAAAAUACGAAGAUGACGCCGAGGAUCCCCAGCAACAAGAGGAACCCCCACUAAACGACGAAUACCGCCUCAUCUCCAUCGUGCGGCGCAUCGGCGGUGACCCGGCCUUCAAGCACUGGGCCCUCUUCAUCGAGGACAAAGACGGCGAAAGCGAGGGUUUUGAGUGCGAGAUCGAGGGGUCGAGGAAACGGUUUACGUAUGCGGAGAAUCGGGCGAGUCCGAAGACGUCGGGGGGGACGUUGGAUAUGCAUCCUGUGGGUUAUGUGGAUACGGAGAAUCUGGAGAGGGUUAGGGGGUUUGCGAGGGAGUCGAGGAUACGGAAUGAGGAUGAGUGGUGGUGUUGUCAGGAUUGGGUAUGGACGCUUGUGGAGGAGU